AUGUACUACUAGACAUAAUCUUUUCGCAUAAGGUAACUCGAAGAUUUAUUUGAUGCAUUUCUAUUUUCCUUUUUUUUCUCAACACCAAUUUUUCUCACUUUCCUUCUCCAAGGUUUAGGAAAGGAGAAUAAUCGGAGACCCCAAAGAUUUCGGUCCUCGAUUUGUAGGAUAUCUUACACCGUUUUCUCUUUCCUUUUUGUAUUCUUCGAUCCUAUCAAGAUUUCAUAUUCUCAAAAUGUAUAUAUAUUCCAUUGGAGAAGCAGCCCUUGCAAGAAACGAGCACGAAGCAGCAGCCAUCGCCGCCGCCUCCCGCAGAUUCGUGUUUCUUGGUCGACGACGGUGAUGGUGCAUCCGCUGGGGAGGACGAGUAUGGGGCGGCAGCGCAUCGAGAUCCGCCGCAUCGACAACAAGGAAAGGCGGCAGGUCACCUUCACCAAGCGGAGGGGCGGGCUGUUCAAGAAGGCGUCGGAGCUCGCCCUGCUCACCGGCGCGAGCGUCGCCGUCGUUGUCUUCUCCCCUGCCAAGCACGUCUACGCCUUCGGCCACCCGUCCGUCGACGCCGUUCUCCGCUCAUACGCCUCCGUCCCCGGGGAGGCCGCCGCGGUCGCACCCGUCCCCGUCCACGGCGGCAGCGGCGGCGAGGACGUCGACCUCCUCGGGCUGAGGCUGGCGGCAGAUGAUACCGGGGCGCAGGUCGCGGCGGAGCAUGCGCGGAUGCGCGACGUCGCGGCGAGGAUCGUGCAGGCGAAGGCCGGGAGGCGGUUCUGGUGGGAGGCCGACGUGGACGCGCUCGGGGAGGCCGAGUUGCUGGAGUUCUUCACGGCGCUCAAGAAGCUCAGGGACAACGUCGGCCGCCACGCCAACGCCCUGCUCGCCCCCCAGCCGCCGCCGCUUCCGCUGCAGCAGAAGCAGCGGCGCCGGCGGUAGGAGGGCCGCUCGCCGCCUCGCGGCGUCGCUAGCUUCUUUUAAUUACAUACCUUAGAGCAAAUACAAUAGCAGGCUAUAAGCCAAUUAUAAACAUAUUUUAAUAAGAUAAUAGAGAAGAGAGAGUAGCAGUGGGCUACAGAUGUAGCCAGCUGCAGUAAGGACUUCAA